ACUGUUGAGCCGCCGCCAGGGAGGCAGAUAAAGCGCAAGGAAGGGCUACUCUCUCCCAGGGCGGGAAGUUGCUCCACGGCCGGGGCUUGGAGGUAGCUGGUUUUCAGGGAGCAUCCCUCCUGCUGUUGCCCGGUUGUCGUGAGGACAGCGGUCCCGCCUCCCCAGCCUCUGGAAGGCGCAGAGACGACCAAUACCGGACUGGAUUUCUGCUCGGCUGGCUUCCCGUGAGGCUAUUCACCAAAGGAACAUGUAAAUUCAAGGUUCUUCCUUGGUCCCCACUGAACAAGCAGGAUGCCAGAGCAAAGUAAUGAUUACCGAGUGGUUGUGUUUGGAGCUGCUGGUGUUGGUAAGAGUUCCUUGGUACUUCGUUUCAUACAGGGGACCUUCCGGGAGACAUACAUCCCCACUGUUGAAGAUACGUAUCGCCAGGUGAUCAGCUGUGACAAGGAAAACAUCUGUACUCUUCAGAUCACAGACACCACUGGAAGCCAUCAAUUCCCUGCCAUGCAGAGGCUCUCCAUCUCAAAAGGCCAUGCAUUCAUGUUAGUAUACUCUGUGACCAGCAGGCAAUCCAUAGAAGAGCUCCAGCCAAUCUAUGAGCAGAUC